AUGAAUGGAAAUAGACGUAACCCCGAUAUCGAAUUUGCAACAGAGAUUGGCCAAGGAUUAUUAUUCGAGGUACGAAAACUUCAAAAUAUCUUGCAGGAUAAAGAUGAAAUUAUCAAACAAUUAGAAUUAUCUCAAGCUGAUAGUGAAAGAGCGAGUGAAAUUGUUCAAAGACAAUUAAAACAAAAAGAAGAAAAUGAUGAAAAAUUAAAGGAUGAAAAUUGGAAUCUUGAAGUAAUGAAUCAAGAACUUCAAUCCAAUUUAUUAGAAGCCAACCAAACAAUUUCAAGAUAUAAUAUAGAGCUUGGAAGAUUAACAAAACAACUCAAGAAUCAAUCAGAACAAUUGGAUAUAAUGAAGGCGCAAGAAGAGAAAUCAGCAUCCAUGAUGGAAGCAAUGAAAGCACGUCAUGAACAGGAA